AGUUUAAAAAAUGUUGAAAAAAACAAGAAAGUUAAUAUUUUUCUUGACAGUUAUUUUUGGAAUACAUUUAUGCCACGGAGCCCCCACAGAGGACCGAGCGCCAAGAUUUCUUUCCACUUUUUUCGACCUCAUAGAUUCAUUUAUUCCAAGUUUUAAUACCAAGAGAGGAGGAGGAGGAGAGAGGGCCGACUACUUGGUUUGGGAACCUGACAGAGAUGAUCCAGAAUUUCAACGAAGUUCUUCAGGAUCCCGUAUACCUGCUUUAAAUCGGAGAAAAAAUGUGUUAAAUGAAAUACCUAUCUAUGGUGCUAAAAAACGACUUAUGGAGAGCUAUGAAUCUCAAACAGAAUUGUUUGAAUCAGAAACAACAACAACAGAAAGUGCCUCAACAACAACAACAGCAACAACAAAAACAACAACAGAAACAAGAAGAGGAAUUGUUGGGCAAAAAAGAUUUCCUUUGAUUAGAUCUGAUUCUUUUGUUCCAACAAGAAUCAAAAUCAAAAGUCAAAGAAGAACUACCGAACCAAGUAUUGAAGAAGAAAAAGAAGAUGAUGAAGAAGAAGAAGAAUAUGAUGAUGAGGAAUAUGAAGAGGAUGAGUUUGAGAAACUGUCAGCUACUACUGAAAAUGAUGAAAUCAUGAAGAUGGUUGAAUCUCAGCAAAAUAAAUCAAACAACUUAAAUCAGAUAAAUCGCAGAAUUGAAAAUUUCGACGAUGAAAGCAUUGAGUUUUCAAAAACAGAAAAAUAUCCUAAAAAGCGACCAAUGUUCAAAAUCCCAAACAGAUCUAAUAAACUUGAAGGGUCCGCUACUAAAGAUGAAACUGAAGGUCUCCCAGCCACCCCAACUCCUCAACCAGAUGUUAACCCUGAAAUACAAGAUGUUUUUCAACAAUUGAAUUUCUGGAGAUCCAAGCAAACUGAUACACAGUUAGAAGGAUUCAAACCUAAGACUCAAACCACAGCAACAACUAAAAGCACAACAACAACUACAAGCACAACAACAGCUACAAGCACAACAACUACAAGCACAACGAAAAUUAUUACAAGACCUACAAGGCCCAUGUACAAAAGAAUAUCUGCUUUUCCAAAAGUUAGCAAAAGUUCUCCAUCAGUCAUAGAACAACUAACCCCAGAGGGAGCGAAAUCGGUGGCCGAAUUUUCAUCAAAAUCGGCCAGUAAGCCUGAAACAGAGGCUGAGAUUAUCGACGAGGGGAAGCUCCGCAGACGAUUUUCCAAUUUCCCGGCUAGAGACAGUUCCUGGUCUUCUUUGAGAGAAGAUUUGUUCCCUGUAACUCCAAAUAUUUAUUCUCUCGCCAAAUCCGAUGAAUUUGCACCGAAAUCCUCCAAAUUCGGACUUCGGAGGAAGAUCAAAAGAAGACCGCAAGAGGAAGAAGAAAACUUGCAAGAAGAGGAAUCUGAUGAAGAAGAAAUUGUUCAGAAUGAAACAAUACAGAGGGAUGAAGAGAAUAGAAUAAAAAUAAGCUCUCCUGUCACAACAACAUACAGACAGAAUAUUUUUAUCGGAACAACAAAUCCUUCAGAUAAUAUUGUUGAAGUAGAGGAGAACGAUAAUUCAGAAGAAACUUUAGGUCUCGAGGGAAAGCAGACUUUUGGAGAAAACUUUGAAUCCUUUAAGGACAGCUUCAAGUUUGAUACAGCUCAGGAGGUUACAGAGAAUAAUAAAGUGUCUAAGACUAUAGUUCCAACUGUACAGGAGGAUACUCCAGCAGCUGGUGGAGCUGACUCUAUAGAAUCUGAAUCUGUAAUUGAUCAAGCUGUACAAGAUGAUAUUAUAAAAGAUCAGAGACCAGAAGAUGAUUUUAUUUUGGCAUUUGUGCCCCUGGGAGAAUCAAGUACAGAAGGAGAAAUUCGGGAGUCUGUUCCUGUGAUCAGUGUAAACAAUAUUGACGAGUUUAUUAAAACUCCGGAAACAUUUAGCACAUUUGAAAUGGCAGGCGGCAAAGAGGCUGAAAACAAUUUUGAUAUUUUCUCCAACGGCAAAGAGAGUUUUGACGCUCCGCAAAUUGAGGCUCAAGAAAUCCCGGCCAUCUUUAAAACUCCAAACUUUGUUGAUGAUUUCUCUAUUUCCAUCAUGGAUCAAGUGUUCGAUGAUAACCUUGCCAUGGAGGAUACUCAAGAUACUACUGGAAUUGAAGGCAGGAUUCAACUCCCAGAGGAUUUGACAAUGUCCAAACCUGAAAUUGAUUUACUGAACAAGAUGUUGUUAUCAGACUCACUUUCUCAGACAGAGCUAGAUCAGGUUAAAGAUAUCCUUGAAGUAAAGAUGGCUGCUAUGCAGAAUGUGCUUAACCAUCAAAGUAGCACCACGCGCACAAUUCCAAAAAAUAUUCAGCAAACGUCUAUUGCGGAUUUUUCUCCGUCGUCUUUGCCCUCAGACAAUGGAGGAUUUGCCAAUUUUCCGAUUGUAUUACAGCUUCCUGAAGGAGACUGCCCCAAAUACUGCCUUAAUAUCAAGGUUGAGGUGACUAGGCUAGGAAGGAGUUUAACAAAAACCUGCAGAAAUACACCUGUUUGUUCGGCAAACCGAAGAAAAUAGUAAAUUUCUAAAUUAUGUGAGAUACCUUUUUCGAGUAAAGAUAUAUAUAUAUAUAUAUAUAUAUAAAUAUGUACAAAUAGAUUAAGAUUUUCUAUAAGAAAUUAUGGUUACUCAGAGCCCGAAAUUUAAAAGAGUAUCG